AUGAUGAUGAAUUUAAGUAGCGCAUGGCAAUUCAAUGCCAUUGCGACAUCAUGGCCUGCAAACGUACUCCCGAAUGUAGCUUUCUGGACCGCAAGCAAUGGAUCGUGGGAAUACCAGAUUCAGGUUUCCUGGCCACUGAAUUGGACUAGUAGUCGCGAGGAAGCGUCGGUGGUGGAAACACUGUACAUCUUGGACGGCAACGCGCUCGGUCUCACCGCCACCGAGUCUCUGCGUCGACGCCGGCCUGUCGAGUUCAACAUGCCGGAUUGCAUCGUGGUUAGCAUCGGGUAUCCCGAGACGCUCCCGGACUCGCCGUAUAGCAGCCAGCGCAGCUACGAUUUCCAACCUCCCGUGUGCGAGGGGUGUCCCGCGCCAGCAGUCCCAGGCGUGCCUUCGAAUGCAGAUGGCUUUAUCGAGUUCAUCGAUACAGCGCUGCGACCUUGGAUCCAAGGAAGUGCAUUCCCGAAAGCGGAAUUUGAUCGCGAUGCAUUAUAUGGACAUUCGUUUGGGGGGCUGUUUGUCCUGUAUGCACUUACUGUUCGACCGGAUUUGUUUGAUACGUUUUUGAGUGCGUCGCCAGCGCUAACCUUUAAUGAUGGGUAUGUGUUUAAUUAUACCGAGUUUCUGGCGCCGCUUGUGACGCCUGGUUCUGCGAAUACGAUGAACGGGACAAAGCCAGCGUUCCAGAUUAGCUAUGGGGCGCUGGAGCAGAAUCCCGUGCAGAGACGAACGGAGACGGAUGACGAGUUUGAAUUUAGAAAGGGCAUUCUUGUGGCGCAGCAGAUGACGACUUUGUCGCGGAAAUUGUACAGUGUGCUAGAAGGAAGUCCCGCAUUGAGGGAUGUCAGUCUUCGCGAGUACCCGUUUAGCGACCAUGCUGCUGUUGGGGCGGCGGCACUGGCAGACGGGAUUGAUUAUUUCUUGGACUGGUGUUCGGCAAAGUAUUGUUAG